AUAAUAAAGGAACUAACCAUGAUAUGCACAUAAUUGCAGGCUAUGAUUGGAAUCGCAGAAUGUUUAAAGUCCAUACAACAAUAUUAAAGGAUCGAUGUGAUUAUUUUAAGAUAGAAUUGUCCAAUCAAAGUAUUUGCAAAAAUCCUGAUGGGAUUAUAGUUUAUUAUAAAGAAGAUAUUUCACCUGAAAUCUUCAAGUUAAUUCUUGACUAUAUUUAUACUGGCGAGUUCUCAAAUGGACUUUAUGAUAUAAAAGUUAAUAUUUUAGAUUUUAUUAUAGCUGCAGAUGAGAUGUUACUUCCGAAACUGGUUGGCUCUUUAGAAAGUCUCCUCAUUGACAAUUAUUUAAAGCAAUAUUCACCUGAAAUUGAAGCAUGGAUGUCUUGCUUAAUUACAAUAGAUAAAAGUAG